UACGUAGUAGAUUCUUCAAGUCUUCAAGAUAAAAGGAUCGUGUUUUCCCUCGAUCUAGAGAUUUGUUUUUCAUUAUUAUUCUAAGCCCAAUUAUCAGAAGCUGGGUCUCUUUGUUCUGCCUUGAAUCAGAAAAAAAUACCCGCUGUUUGUUCUUCGUUGCUUCGAUCACCACCAAACAAUACCUCAAGCCACAACAUUUACCCAUACAAAAAACCUCACCUACUAGCCAAGAUGGUUCACCCUUCAACUUGCUGCAACAUCUCUAAGGACGGUGGCUGUGUUUGCGCCGCGCAGGCCAGGUGCUCUUGCGGGAAGGAGAGCGCGGGACACUGCACAUGCAACAAAGCUUCGAGCGAGAACAACAUUACCGGUCCCAGAUGUUCAUGCAGAGCACGACCUGCUGGCCAAUGUACCUGUGAGCGGUCUGCAACUGAGAACCGAUCUGUAUCCGGCGAUACCUGCCCUUGUGGAGCUAGACCUUCUGAGUCCUGCACAUGCGAGAAGGCUGGCGCUGUCGAUACUGCCGCUGAGGCACUCGAGACUGACUUUACCACCCAGAAGUAAAGUUAAGUUAAUGCUGGUCGAUUGGUAUCUCAACAUCAUGCAUGCAUCAUGGCGCCGGGUAUCUAUGAAGUUUAUGUCGAUUUCAUCGGGGUGUAAAAAUUGGGAUUGCUUGUGAUAUGUUUGUAUAUAUUAGCUUUAAUUCACGACUAGGCACAUUGGCCUGAAGAAUCCUUUGCAAUGGCAAUUGAAAAGAAUAUAAAGAAUAAUCGUAUAGCUCACGGAUAUCAGUAGUAGAAGACUAU